AGGCGCGGGCGGCCCAUGGCGUCCCCGGGCGGCCGCUCGCUGCGCCUCCUGCUCUGGCUGCUGCUCCUCCCGCUUCCGCUCGGGGCGUCCUCCCCGUCGUCCUCCCCGUCGUCGGCCCCGUCGUCGGCCCCGUCGUCCGCCCCGUCGUCCGCCCCGUCGUCCUCCCCGUCGUCCGCCCCGUCGUCCGCCCCGUCGUCGGCCCCGUCGUCCCCGGGGGGCGGCCCUGAGGGCCCGGGCGCCAGCGUGUGGAGGGCUACGGGGCCGCCGGCGACCUCCAGGCCGCGCGAGGCGGCCAUACUCUCCCAGUUGGUGGAGUUGGUCCCAGGGUGUGGCCAAGUCACUGCGAAAAUCUUGGGCGGAGAGGCAGCCGAAGAAGCGAAGUGGCCCUGGCAGGUGAGCCUAAGGAUCAACCAGAAACACGUGUGUGGAGGCUCCCUCAUCACACAGCAGUGGGUGCUGACUGCGGGCCACUGUAUUUUAAGCCAUCUUAGCUACACUGUCAAGAUGGGAGACCGAAGUAUCCAUAAAGAAAACACAAGUGUGGUGGUCCCUAUCCGAAACGUCAUUGUCCACCCUCAGCUCUCAGUAGUUGGAACCAUUCAGAAGGACCUUGCCCUUCUGCAGCUGCUCUACCCUGUAAACUUCAGCAUGACCAUACAGCCUAUAUGCAUUCCUCAGAAGACUUUCCAGGUGGAAGCUGGGACCACAUGCUGGGUGACUGGAUGGGGCAGACAAGAAGAAUAUGGCAGCAAACUUGUUGCACAUAUUCUCCAAGAGGUCGACCAAGACAUCAUCCACCACAAGAGGUGUAACGAGAUGAUUCAGAAAGCCAUGACAACAAAUAAGACUGUAGUACUGGAAGGCAUGAUUUGUGGCUAUAAAGCAGCAGGCAAGGAUUCUUGUCAGGGAGAUUCUGGGGGCCCUCUGGUCUGUAAAUUUCAGGACACAUGGGUCCAGGUGGGAAUCGUGAGCUGGGGCUUUGGCUGUGGUCGUAGAAAUGUGCCUGGAGUUUAUACGGACAUUGCUUCCUAUGCUGAGUGGAUAGUUAACGUGAUGAACCAGGCUGCCUCUUUGUAUUCAGUGGUGUUACUCAUCCCACUUCUGUGCCUGGUGCUGCCGCUGGGCAUCCUGAUGGCCCCGUGAUCACCCUCGCCCACUCCCCUGUUUCUGAGUCUCAUACCGGGCCUGGCCUCUCCUCUGACCUCCUGCUCCUACUCAAAUGCCCUUUCCUGAGCCUGGGUGGCUCAGUGGUUGAGCAUCUGCCUUUGGCUCAGGGUGUGAUCCCGGGGUCCCAGGAUUGAGUCCUGCAUCAGGCUCCCUGCAGGGAACCUGCUUCUCCCUCUGCCUAUGUAUCUGCCUCUCUCACUAUGUCUCUCAUGAACAAAUAAAAUCUUAAAAAAAAAAAAAAAAAAGCCCCUUCCUGCAAUUCUGGUUGGCAUCCACUGACCCUGUAGAGGACCACACAGUAGAAGGUGGCAGCAAGACUGGAGCCCAGAAAGUGCCCCAGCCUGAUGCUCCAGUCACCUGCCUUGGCCACACCCACACCUUGGCUGUGCUCUGCCUGCCUGGAAGGAGGGAGUGCAAGCAUGCCAGCCUGAGAGCCAGCCAGCCUGCGAGGCAGACCCCGGUGCGUCCUUGCCAUCUUGGAGAGCCUCUACCACAGAAGAGACCUCAGGAGCAGUGAGACAGCACUGGAGCUGGGUGUGGGCUCAGGCUGUCACCUGAGACUCUGUCAGAGCAGUCAGCUUGCUGCUGGUGCAGAGAGAGAGGUGUCACCAUGUCCCUGCUGAGGUGGGAGGCCUGGGAUUUCCACAUCUGCCUCGGGUGUGUCUGAGGCUGGGAGGAGUUCCCCUGUACCCAGCAAGAAUCCCCCUGUGCGUGGCCAGCCUGUGGCACACUGGGCCCUCUGUGAUGGCAGCCCCGUGAUGGGGGCCCCCUUCCUCAGUAGCUAGUGGCCACAUCCAGGCUCACCCCAAGUUGUGUGGAGGCAGUGAUGGAGUGUGGAGAUCUUAGAUGCCAACUAAUAAAUGUUUGGAUUGUCA